ACUCCAAACUCCAAGUGUAAACAUGGCAUGGCUAGGGUAGGUGGGUCCAGAUAGGCUCCAGUAAAUUACCCGCAAUUACAGCUUACGCGACUUAAUCGCAUCAAUUAGCUGGUGUCCAGACUAGCGGAUGUGAAAGUUGGACACUCGCAAUCUUACGAGCAUGGAGAACAAGUGCGUUAAACGCUUGAUACGCUCAAAAUCUGGAUUGCGGAUUGUGGCCACCGACGACUCAAACAAAAGUCCAUUUCUCUUGGGCGAGCCUCAGUGGGUGGCAGACAAAGACAGUGCCUGUUGUACAGACUGCAAAAGGAAGUUCGACUUUCUCACGAGAAGACACCACUGUCGACGUUGCGGGAGGAUUUAUUGCAAGAACUGCUGUGACUUCAGACUGGAACUUCCACGAAUGUGCUUUGUGGACCCUGUCAGACACUGUGAGAGCUGCGCAGACAUAUCACGGAAAGAAAAUGAAUUUUUUGACAAGGAACUAAGAAUGCUCACUGCUGGUGCUCUCUUCCAACUCGUUAAGUUGCCGGAGGGUAACGAAAAACGGCUCGAGUUCAUUUGUCGGCUUUCGCAAGACCACAGGCUACUAAACUUUGAAGGCAGCACAGGCGAUGAAUUUGAACCUGUCCAGUUGGUCAACAUUAUGGAAUUGAAUCUCCUACGCUCUCCUGAUGUACCUCCAGGAAUGUUUGUCACCUAUAUGAAUGAUGAAGGUACUGUGAAAGAAAUGACUCUACUGGCACCACCUGACUGCAAUAAAAGUCAAACCAUAUCUUGGCUCUCAGCAAUGCAAAACGGAUUUAAAAUGGCAACUGACAGCCGAGCCGUUUCUUAGAUCAACUUUUUCGAUGUUUCACUUUUUAAAAGAAAAAACAGAUCAACAAGAAAGAGUAACGGAAUAGUUUUGUAUGUAAACAAACGAGGGGCUCACGCUAUGCAAUAAUUUUAGGAGAGGGAGUAGUUCGGCUUAAGGUGUUCUCAUUGAUAUUUACUCUCUUACACUAUUUUAAUAUUUCUGCUAUUCUGCUUUAAUUUUUAUAAUUGCUAAAUCAAAUGGGAACCAAUAUGAACAAAUUAGUAAUCUUUAAGAAUGAAUUUUAUUAUCGUUGCCAAUUUUUGCGCCAUAUCUAUUUUUGGUUCUCGUCAAAAUUUGGCAAGGUUAACAAAAUAUUUAUACGGAGGACAAAAUUAUCUCAGUAACUUAUAAAAUAAAGUCUUGAUCAACUAUAUUUUGAUAAGAAGAUUAACAAAUGAAAUACUGAAAAUCAAAUUGAAGUAAGGAGCUUGUGCAGUCUAUUGCAGGCAUUUCUUUAUAUAUCUGGAUUCCAUUUUAAUAUUUAAUUUUGUUCAUUAACUUUCAAUGCUUCCUUAUAUUUUUAGAACGUAAUUAAAAUUUUCAGCUAUAUUUUAUGCAAAUAUUUGUGGAGUCUAAAUUAUUGUUUCUUAUGUUACUUUCAAGUUUUGAAAUUGCAAAACUCUUAAUUGUUUUAAUAUGUUAUGUGUUAAUUAUCUUCAACAAAAUAAAUAAUAUAAUUUAAAAAAAUUAUUUUUACUAUCAAAAUU